AUGACCAGACCUAGAUGGUCCUCCCUCCUCCUACUGAUUAUUCUGGUAGCCUUGGAGGCUGCCACAGAUCCAGCAAAGAAUCAAGUGAAGGUGCUGAGGAAAUUAAUGCCAAUCAAUUCCUCAAAUGCCAAUGUGAAACAGUGUUUGUGGUUUGCCAUGCAAGAAUACAACAAAGCAAGUGAUAACAAGUACAUCUUCCAGGUGAUCAAGAUAGUGCAAGCCCAGCUGCAGGUCACAGAUAGCAUGGAAUACUUUAUUGACGUGGAACUUGCUCUCAGCACCUGCAAAAAACCUUUAAAUAACAAUGAAAACUGUAUCCCACAAGAAAAUUACAAGCCAGGAAAGAAAGUAAUUUGCAGCUUUUUGGUAGAAGCACUUCCCUGGAAUGGCGAGUUCAUUGUGAUGAAGAAACAAUGUGAGGAUGUUUAG